AAGUAGCAAUGGUUAAAUUUUUCAUUUUAGCUAGAGUGCCUCUUUAAGUGCUUUACAGGGCCCAUUAAAUGGUUAGCUACAAAAUGGGCACAAAGGGUGGUGUUAGGGAAAAUUUGCGUUGAUGAUCCUAACUGAUUUUAAACCAUCAGGUGAUUUGGAGUGAAAAAAUGCCUAUGCUUUCAAAAUCAGUCAAAAACAAUGUAAGUGUGAACAAAUGUGCAAAACAUCAUGAAUAUGUAUGUAUGUCACAUCACAUGUCAAUUAGUCUCACUUUAGCUUGUGUAUUUAGGGCUGCUCUGCAGCUUUAGCAGCCGAAAAGCAAUAGUCAACUGAACUAUUUUCCCUAUACAGGAUGCUCAUGGGAUAUCGGUAACUCCACUGAUUAAAUCCCUUCAUUAGCAGUGCCCUGCAACAUAAUCAAAGAAAGUAGUGAUAGGCUAAACUUUCAUGUCUAGUUCCUCAGUAGUGAUGAAAUCAUCAAUUCCCAUUAAAAAAAUCCAUUUGAACAUUUUCAUUCUCUCUAGUCUUAUUACUUAAAAUAUCUGAUACCCUGCUCAGUCUGCUCUGCAGGGGACUAUUAGACUGACUCGAAUCUACCCUUUAACUGAGCCCUUCAAAGAUCUACACUUUAUAGUGAGGUACUUGCGAUGCCCCCUUUUAGAGCUGAAAAAGUGAAGAGAAGAGAUUGGAUUAAACAUAGAUCUGGAAUCCUGUCAUUGCUCUUUGCAAGAACUACCUAAGUGCACGUAUGUGGUCUGUGUGAGAUGACCAAGCCAUGGAUCUCCAACCUCGGUCACCGCUUGGAUGACCCAGCUUCCCUAUAAUGAAUACUAGCAGCAGCGAGGUUCUGCUGGGGAAUGCUACAGACGUGGGAGACGGCAACAUCAGAGUGGCUGAAACCAUUUUUAUUUUGGUCAUCACUCUAUUAGUUUUUCUUAGCAACCUGCUCGUAGUAUUAACCCUUUACCGGAAGCCUUACUUGCUAACACCGAGCAACAAGUUUGUUUUCAGCCUGUCACUGUCUAACCUUCUGCUGUCUGUGUUGGUUCUGCCAUUUGUGGUUGCCAGCUCUCUACAGCAGGAAUGGCUGUUUGGUGUAGUGUGGUGCAACUUCACAGCACUGCUGUAUCUGCUCAUCAGUGCUGCAAGCAUGCUCACAUUGGGAGCCAUUGCCAUCGACAGGUACUAUGCAGUAUUGUACCCCAUUAUCUAUCCUACGAAGAUCACAGGAAACCGGGCAGUUAUGGCCAUCAUCUAUGUGUGGCUCCAUUCCAUGGUGGGAUGUCUGCCGCCUCUCUUUGGCUGGUCCACAUUUGAGUUUGACCAUUCCAAGCAGGCAUGCAUGGCGGCUUGGCACCGAGAGGUCAGCUACACAUUCUUCUGGGUCAUUUGGUGUGGGCUGCCUCCACUCUUUGUUAUGCUGGUGUGCUAUGGCUUCAUAUUCCAGGUGGCACAUCACAAAGCUCGCAAGGUGCACUGUGGAACUAUAGUUGUGGCACAGGAAGCCACUCUUUCUUCACAGAGAAACAGGCACAAGAGUUCAACCACAUCCAUCUCCUCUGCUGGGAGCCAGAGGUGCAUGGUGUAUGCUAGCAGCCAAUGCGAAACUCUGGUCACCAUUUUGGUGGUGGUUGGGAUGUUCCUAUUGACUUGGGGGCCGUAUAUAAUUGUGUGGGGGGAAGGGAGUGUGUCUCCAGGGUUGGAGACAAUGGUGACCUUGCUGUCUUUCCUCAGUGCUGCCUGUCAUCCUCUCAUCUAUGGGCUGUGGAAUAAAAGUGUGCACAAAGAGCUGCUGGGGAUGUGCUUUGGUGACCGCUACUACAGAGAGUCAUUUGUCAUCCAACACAGGAGUUCACACCUCUUCAGCAUCUCAAACCGGAUCACAGAUCUCAGCAUGUCUCCACACCUGACAGCUAUGUUCGUGGUUGGAGGUCAGCUAUUAGGAGCAGGAAGCAGCACAGGAGAUACUGACUUCAGCUUCUCGCAGGACUCAGAACACUCUGUGGCAGCUAAGACGGGGGGUUGCUUUCCAGGAAGGGCAUGGGUGACACUGGAAAAAGGGGAUCAGAAGUCAACGCGUGACCUGCAGGCUGGUGAUCGUGUCCUGGCAUCGACAGAGAGUGGCAAUCUCAUCUACAGUGAGGUCCUCGCCUUCCUGGACCGUGACCCAGCGAUUAAGAAGCACUUCUAUGUGAUCAGUACACACAAUGGGGCCACUCUCUCCAUGACUGCAGCACAUUUGCUCUUUGUUUGGGACGGAAAUUGCACUGGUGGGGCCCUGCCAGCAGAAGGGGCUAUGCGUACAAUAUUUGCCAGUGAUGCACACCAAGGCAGUGGGCUGAUUGUGGAGGAAGGGGCUGAGGGGCUUCUAAAGGGCUGGCUUUUGCACAUCACCAGACUGUGUGUGUGGGAGGACCGUAGUGCAUAUGCCCCACUCACUGCCCAGGGAAGCCUGCUUGUCAAUGGGGCAAUGACUUCACGCUACGCUGCAGUAGAAAAACAUCAGCUUGCUCACUGGGCUUUUGGCCCACUCUGCAUGUUUUACAGCAGGAUAAAUAAUACCACUAAAAAGCAGGUAUUAUUUGAAUAGUGGAUCAUUCUCAGCACUGCAAUGACACUGACAUGGUAGUGUGUGUUGCGCUGGUAUGAGUGAAUCAGACACAGCUUUGCUG